GUCCGGGCGGAGGUGAGGGCGGCCAAUCGGCGAGCAGAGCGCCGGCAGCUGGGAAGAAUGGAGUCGCAGCUGCCGCCUCUGGAGUCGGAGCCGGGCGUGGACGAGGCCCUGGUGGCGCCGCUGCUGGAGCUGGGCAUCCCGGAGGCGGCGGCCCGGCGGGCCCUGGCGCUGACCGGAGGCCGCUCCGCCGAGGCUGCGGCCCAGCUUUACUUCAGCAGCGGCCUCGAUUCCCAGGAGGAAGAUGAUGUACAAGGGAGCGGUUACUACAAAAUGGUCUUUGUGGUCAACAUGGACCUUUCCAUGGGAGCUGGAAAGAUUGCUGCUCAAGUGGGACAUGCAGCCAUCGGCCUGUUCCAGCUGAUGCACGAGAAGCCUAGUCAGAGGGACAUAAUCAACCAGUGGGAUGAACAUGGUGCCAAGAAAGUUGUACUUCAGGGAACCAAUACUGACCAAUUACUGGAGCUGCACGCCUUAGCCCUGAGCCUGGAAUUGCCAACGUAUUUAGUGCAAGAUGCAGGGAGAACCCAGGUUCCAGCUGGGUCACACACAGUCCUGGCCAUUAUGGGAGAAGAAGAAAUGGUGAACCAAGUGACUGGGCAGCUCAAACUGCUGAACUGAGGAGUGCUUUGGAACGUGGCUCUGGCAGCUUGACAACAUGGGAGUUCCCGGGCAAGCCAUUGUGUGUAUGUGUGUGUGUUUCAGGGGACGAGGAAGCUCCUGCCGCCAGCAACUCAAGGCCCAUCUGGGCAGCAUGGAGAAACAAAAAGGGGCAAUGUUCCUUUAUAUGGGGAGCCCUCUUUUUAGAAGGCAGAGGCUGUACAGUUCGACUGCAGUGGGAUUUCUAGGGGACACCUAGCAGCUCCAUAAGAGGAUGGAUCUGCAUUUCCAUUAUUACUCUAGAAACCAGGAGAAAUUCCAUGCAGGCAUUGCCUGGGUUUUGUUUAUUUGUUUUUUUUGCACUGUGGCAAAGCCAUAAAAGGCUCAUCUAGUGUUAACACCUCCUGGCAGGAGGCGGUCAUGUACUAAACCAUCCCCAACAUGUGUCUAUCUUGUCUUGUGGCAGUGUGGGUGAAGGACCAGAUUGACGAUGCAGCAGCCCUUCCAGGCAGCUUGCUGCUGCUGAAUUGUUCCUGGCUGCUUAAGAAACUAUAAUUUUCCUAGUGUUUGGUCAAAAGUCUACCUUGUAGUAGUUGGGGAACCCCUUAUCUCUUACCCUGCCUCUCCUUGUGGAUUGUCUCCUUUCUCAUGUUAGCCUUUCCAAAUAGCUUUAAAUUGUUGGGUUUUAAUUGUAGUACAGUACUAGUACCAUAUUCUCAUAUCUCCAGUCAGUGGAUAGAACAGUGAAUUGCUGUGCUGGGAAAACACAAGAAUAAGCUACUGCUUAGUAGAAUCUGAGAGGGUUGAAAGCAGAGGUAGACAACUUGUGUCCCUUCAGAUGGUGUUGGACUGAAAGUUCCAUCAUCCCAUCAAUGGUAAGGGAUAAUGGGUAGUAUAGAUGAAAAUCUGGACUACCACAUUGCCAAUUCCUCUCUUGAAGCAAUAGGAAGAGCAGGGCAGGCUACAGUGAGGAAAUUGCUAUAGAGAACACAACUUUGCUGAUGUCCCUUGAAACAAGUCUUCCAUCCUCCUCCUUGCUUAUUCAAAACAAAAGUUGAAUGCUUACAUUAUGAUGGGACAAGAAUAUUCAGUUCUAAAAUGCCCUUUAGGAGAAGUCAGAACAAGAAAGAGGGCUAGAAGAGUCUGCCUAUGAUCACUACUUCAUAAGUACAAGUGGGCACAUGUUUCGUGUCACACUUUGCCCCAGUGAUGGCAUGGUGGGAACGCAAAAGUGCAAUUCUGAAUGCAGAGAAAAGACAAAACAUUAAGUAAUCUGAAUAAUGUUAUUCAAAAAGAAUGGUGGGAAAGCUGUUUCCCUGCAACUGUUGACAGACUGCAAUGCCUGUCAGCUUCAACCCCGUAUAGCCAGUGGCCAGGAAUUGUGGGAGUUCACGUCCCAAAGCAGCUAGAGGGUCUUUGCAUGCCUCUAUAGUAGAAUAUUGUUCCCCCCUUUUUAAAAUAAUAUAUAUUGAGAGCAAGACAACCUUACUUAUAUACCAAGCUAGAUGUUUAUCUGGCUUUCUUGGGUUUUUUUGUCCACUGAACUCAUGGCCAUUGCUAUUUCCAGGACUCACUUUUAAUGCCAAUUACUAUGUAUAGUGCUGUACUUUCCCUGUGUUUGCUCUUCAUUUUACUUGUAGUUGUUGUUAAAGCACCCAAAGAAAGGCAUUUUAGACUUCUUGUAUAGCUGAAGUGGGGGAAUAAGUUGUCGUUUUCCAGGAGAGCCUAUGGUUGUGUGGUUCACUUUAGUUUUUGAAAAAUCUCGCUUGGGCCAUGCUGGGUGUACAUGAUGGAGAUGAUAGCUUAGAACAUCCGAGCUGGAGCGCCUUGUUUUGUGGCAUACAAUGAGGUUACCUGGAAAUCAUUGCUUUGGCCUUGGCUGCCUGAGAGUUGCGUGGAUGUGAAAGUAGCAAGUGAUUUAGAUUAUGGGCUUCAAUUGUAUUUGGUAGGCCUUCUGCAUAUUUUAACUGCCUGCCUGAGAACCAGAAAUUUAAUAUCUGCAGGUUUCCUAGCAUGUGAAUGUGAGGCAAGUAUAGCUUUACAUCUUACUUUUUAAUGUUAACGGAAUAUUGAAAAAUAUAACUAGCACUACUCUCGGCAAUAUUCCUUGUCCUGUUUUAUGAUUUAAACAGGUUUUGUGCAACUUCUGUUGGGGCACUUUUCCAUUCAGACUGGCAGCUACAUGGAAAUCUAUGUAGAUUAUUUCAAAAGUGGUAUGGAAAAUAACAGGAUUCCCGUAGAUUUAAGACAAAACCCUUUCUGAAACUUUUUUCCUAGAUUAUUCUGUCAAUAAUAAUUUUGUUAUUAUCUGUCUCUCCCCAUGGCUUGAGGUGGCUAAAACACCCAGAUAAAACACAGUGCCAUCAAAUACAUAUAUUAAAAUACACAGCACAAAGUUUAAAAUACAAUGCUAAUAGAAUGUAAAUUUAAAGUACAUAGUUUACAAUUGAGUAUGUUAGUAUCCAACAAUUCCCCGUAUAUGAGCUAUAGAUCUGAAAGAACAUUCAAACUUUGUUUCUGCAACAGUAAACUUUGUAACUGCCUUUAAGAUCGGAGACAUUUGCUGAAAAGCUUAGGUACAAUUCACAGCUUUUUGCAAUCAUGGAGCUCCCUACUGUUGCAGUGAAAGCAAAAGCUGUUUCUCAUCAAAACCGACCCUGUAAAACAGUGGUUCUCAACCUGGGGUCCCCAGAUGUUUUUGGCCUUCAAUUCUCAGAAAUCUUAACAGCCGAUAAACUGGCUGGGAUUUCUGGAAGUUGUAGGCCAAAAAUAUCUGGGGACCCCAGGUGGAGAACCACUGCUGUAAAAGAUGGACUACUGCUAUGAUUGGGCUACAUAAUCUGGUACUCUUUAGCAGGUCAGUGUGUUAUGGGCAGGAAAUUUACUAUCCAAUAAAACUUCAUCCCACAACCUGGGCCACCAGUUACACUGAGGUGGGAUAAUAGGAGUUGUUCAAAGGUGCCAGAGUUAGUUUACCUCUAAUCUACAGGUAGGCACUAUAUGGCCCUCGAGAUGUCAGAUUGCAGGUCCCAGCAUGUCUCAGUACUUGUUGUGCAUGGAGUUACAGUUAACAAUACACGGAGAACUUCUCUGUUCCUACCCCUGCUCUAACCCCCACAUUUUUGCACAGUGUUUCCUAAGGGGAUGACAGGAAUUAUUGGCAGAAGCCCCUAUGGCAGACAAACACAGUAGACAAAAGGCUGCAACUAGGUUAACAGCCUCUUGGAAUAAAAGGCAACAUAAUGUUUACAAGCUGAGUCAUAAACCCCCUGAUGGUGUGAAGUGACUGAUAAUGCAAGGCCCCACUAGUGGGUGUAUAAUUUAGCAAGUUUUAUGUAGCAGCAAAGUAAAGAAACAAAUUGCUUUGGGUCUUUUGAGCUGGUGAAUCCUGGUGCUUCCAACACUUACAUGCUCCUUUACGCUCUAUUAUCAAGAAUUAAGGGUUUAUGAAAGUGGAAGCAAGCUGGCUGGCAGAAAAGGGUAAGCUCUGCACAAAUGAGUGUGGAAAGAGUAACAAUUUUAAGACUUCAAGUCAGAAUUUAAUAUUUGGAUUGUUCUUGUCUAAGAUCCCAUCUGUGACGCAAGGGCCACUAAUAUGUUGGAGUAAAACAAAUAUUCAGCCAACACCAGCCUGUUUGGCACCAAGGCCCUUUUAGUGACAAUUAGACUUUACCUAUACAGUAUAGGAUUUCAGCCUAAAUGCAGGGGUAGGAAUCUAUUUCCAACCACAUGCCACUGGACUGCAACUCCUAGCAGUCUUUGCCACUGGUGAAGACCACCAGGAGUUACAAUUUACAACAUCUGGACAAACCCCCCUCCCCCAAAUGUUAGCCCUGCAUUAAUGUAGUAAUUAUGGUUUUCCUUCUCUGGUCACCUUUUUGUUGCUGUAGCAGAGGUUCAGUUUGCCACGGAUUCCUUUUCCUGCUCCUCUGCAUUUGACAUCUCAUUGGUAUGAAACAGGGAGUGUGUUGCUGUUCCUUGCCCUUUUGGCACCGAAUUGAGAACUUGAUGAAUUACUCUGAAUUUGGUGAUUGCUAGGGAAGGUGAUGCAGUAAUUAGUUUGUUUGUUUUUUAAUUGGAUGCUGCUGUUUCUGCAGCUUCAGUUCUCUAGUAGAAAGGAAAAUGACAGAAUCUGGAAGAGUUGUUUUGUUGAACUGUCAACUGGAUACUGGACACUUAAGUUCUGGUAAGGUGAAGAGAUGGGUGGCGUUGGACAUUUGUGUCAAUGCAGGGUGAAUGUCAGAUAAGGGAUUGUAUAUUCGCUAAAGGUUUGCUGGACAUUUCUUGCCAAAACUGUUGGUGUCAUCCUUGAAUUUGCAUCCAAUGCUGGGGAAGACACCCAAUACUAAAUAUGUUUAACUGGAUCUGUGAACAUUCUUUGUCCUUGCCUCUCCUUCUUGUAUACCUUUUAUCUGUUUGUCACACUGUCCCAAUUUUAAUGGCAGCUUCAUGGGGGGGGGGGGGGAGAAGGCAUGGAACUGUAUUUUCUUUUCUUACUGAACUCUGUAAGAAGUCCUUGUACAUGAAGAGUGCUGUAAAAAUAAUAAUUAAAAUGUAUUCAAGA